UCCAUUUGUCCUUUCCUGAAAUAUCAAUAUCCCAUGGUUCAUAACAAAUUCGAUCUGCUUACUCUUCACCACCACCACCACAAAGCACAACUAGACUCUGUUUCCUUGUUCCACAAACUCUUAUUUGUGUCGUCGUUUCAGAACCAGAGCACAAAAAUGGCUCAAGAGAUCAAUGGUGACGCCGUGAUGGUCAUUGAGAGUUGUCGAGUGGCUCCUCCACCAGGCUCUGUUCCCUCAACAACUCUUCCCCUCACUUUCUUUGAUAUUCCAUGGUUUUACACUAAGCCCGUGCAACGCAUCUUCUUCUACGAGUUUCCCUAUCCCAAACAUCACUUCCUCCAAAAAGCACUUCCAAAUCUCAAACACUCUCUUUCCCUCACACUCCAACACUUCUUCCCCUUUGUCUCCAAUCUCAUCGUUCCUCCAAACCUCAACGUCCCUUUCAUCCGUUACCUUGAUGGUGACUCUCUCCUCUUCACUGUCGCAGAGUCCACUGCAGACUUCACCCUCCUCGUAUCUGAUUCACCACAAGAUGUUCGAUAUUGGCACCCUCUUGUUCCUACGCUUCCUUCACCAGAGGACGGUACACGUGUCAUCCCUCUCAUGGCCAUUCAGGUUACGAUUCUACCAAACUCUGGAUUCAGCAUCUGUCUCACGUUUAACCACGUUGCUUGUGAUGGAAAAUCACUUCAUCAUUUCAUGAAGUAUUGGGCUUCUCUUUGCAAGGCAAGAGUGGAUUUGGCUUCCAUUGAAGCCUCUUUGUCUCUUCCUUCCAAUGAUAGAGAUAAAGUUAAAGACCCAAAGGGGCUUAAGCUCAUUUACUUACGAGAACUACAAGAUUUGGCUAAGGAAUUUUCAGGCUUCAAGCGAGAUGUUUUCACUAACAAGGUACGUGCCACUCUUGUGUUGAGUCGUGAACGUGUUGAGAAACUAAAGAAAUGGGUCUCUCUUAAAUGUACUAGUUACUCUUCAGGGACAUUGCAUAUAUCAACCUUUGUUGUUACUUGCUCCUUGAUUUGGGUUUGUAUGAUAAAAUCAGAGCAGAACAAAGGUGAUUGUGUUGCAAAAGACUCUGAUAAACUCUGCUACUUGGUGUUUGUAGCAGAUUGUCGUGAUCUUCCUGAGUUUUCAUUACCUUCAACUUACUUUGGGAAUUGUCUAGCCACUUGCAUUGUUGCAAUCAAGAGGAGUGAAAUAAUGGGACAAAAUGGGAUCGUUGAUGUAGCAAAUGUUAUUGAGAGGAAAGUUAGAGAUUUGAAGAGUGAUGCUUUGAGAAAUGCUGAAACAUUGAUGUCAGAUUUUAGAGAAUUAGGGAAACCAGAUCAAUCUUUUCUAGUAAUUGCAGGGUCACCAAAAUUGGCCGUGUACCAAACUGAUUUUGGGUGGGGAAAGCCUAAAAGAUCUGAAGCAGUGCACGUUGAUUCAUCACCAUCAAUUUCUCUCUCUGAUUGUAGAGACAAAGAAGGUGGAAUUGAGGUUGGAGUGGGACUUGAAAGGAUUCGAAUGAAUAAUUUCAUCAACAUCUUAGAAGAACAACUUAAUAAUAUUAUUAGUUUGUGAAUGAAUCAAUCGCGCAUACAAGACAUGUAUUUUUCAAGGUUUCCUUUCUUAGUGAUUUUUUAUUUUUUCAGUUCGAGUAAGCAUUUCACUUUAUAAUGUACUUGUAGUUCUUAAUCAUCAGUGAUUGCUUAAUGUGUCCAGUGUAGCUCUUCAUGCCG